UCUAGAUUGAUAUAGACCUGCUAUUUGUGAUAAUAUUAGUUCAUAUCGUAUCAAAAAGUUUAUAGUAUCACCUUUGAACAUCCAUAUUAUUGAUAAUUAAAAUCAGCUUUGUAAAUCCUUAUAGCUUAUAACGAUAACUAGUUAAAUGAAGAACGAAAUACUCCUUGUCUCAAGCAUCUUUCUUUAAUUUAAAUAAAGCCUUUGACAGUUUUUCACAUCAGUUGUGAUACGAGUAUGCACCAAGAGAUCCGUUGUUCGGUUAGAACAAUUUCAAGGUGGACCUGUGGGACUAAGACCAUAUAAUUUAUCGCUCUAUCAGACCGAGUGCUCUUCUUUCUGCCAGUGUGUGUGAGCCAUAAUUAUUUGCGUAUUGCGGGGCGCCAAGUGAACUUGUGGCUGGGUCGGUCAGUGGUGCCAAGGUGGUGUGCUGGUGUGGUGGUGGCCAAAGAACGUCGAGGACGGGCGGCAGUCGAUGGUGAUGACACUGGAGGGACGGCCACACAGAAAGGCAGCAACAACCACACUCGAGCUAUCGCUAAUCGAUGGCCGGCCAUCAAGAGCGCUAAGCAAAUAAGCAACAGGAGCCGCUUGGGGUUGCAGACGGAAAGCCGGGCCCCAAGUCCGAGAAUCAGAAGACCCGAGACCCAAGACGUCGGCUGCUCAGUCGACGGUAGCGCCAUUCCACGCCACGCGCAGCGCAGCUAGGAAAUAAAUAAACAGUUUUAGUUGCCGUCGGCGAUUCCUGAGGAGCGGAGUCCCUGCCGCAGUGUCGUUCCCGCCCGAGCCAUGCUGGCCGCCCCGGAGAACCGCUUCCAGCAUGUGUACUUCGCGCUAUCCGCCCUGGUGGCCAGCGCCAUGCUCGUCCUGGUCUACAUCUCCAUGCGCUCGAGCCUUAACGAGCGGCUCCGCGAGGAUCUGGCCAAGGCGCAGCGACAGGUGAUCUUCGAGAGGCCCAAUCCGCACUGGGACUACAGCAACAGUUGGCGCAGGAUAGGGAACACCACACUCAGGCAUGAGAUCUACUCGGCGUACUUCGAUGCCAGGACGGAUAUCGUAGGCAAUGUCCGCAUGGACGACGAGCAGAUGACCAUUGGUUCGCUGCGCAUCUUCGCCAUUCUGCCGGAGCGUCUGCGCGACUCCACGAUAAACUGCAUCGUGCGCUUUUCGGACUUCUCCAGCCAGGAGAUCAAGGCCGAGGAGGCGGGGGCCAUGCACGAUGUGCACAACAACACCUUUGCGGCGUGGAGCAUCAUGUGUCCGCUGCACGCCUCCCGCAGCUCCCCCAUGCGUCUUCCCCAGGCGGUGGCCUUGGCAUACGCGUCCAACCGACUCAGUCACCUAAGUCCCACCUUCAUUCAGAUCAGCUAUCCCCGCAACAUGACCAAUAUGUUUGGGCGAUCUCGUCCCACAAUCUCCGUGUGCGUGGGUCCCUUGCACGAGAACUACUCCAACGUGCUCCGGCUGAUGGAGUUCGUGGAGAUGUACCGCCUGCAGGGGGCCACCCACUUCUACUUCUACUACGUGGAGGCCAGCGAGGAGGUGCGUCGCGUUCUGGAGCACUACCAACGGAUGGGUCUGGCCGAUGUCUUUGAGUGGAAUGUGCAGGCUCAUAUGCAGGAUGUCCACUACGCGGGAAUCGUGGCGCAGUUCAACGACUGCGUGUACCGGGCCAAUGUGGUGGACAACUUCCGGUACGCGGCAGUGGUGGACCUGGACGAGGUGGUGAUGCCGCUGAAGCACAACACCCUGGCGGACUACCUGCGCCAGUGCGACGAGGGCCGCACCGCGGGCUUCGUCUUCCGCAACGUGUUCUUCCACCGGCGAGACAGUAACGACACCUUCAACGCCCCCAGCCACGUCCUCAACCGGCUGCUCUACACCCAGUCGAAGGUGCGGCGAACGCUGGAGGUGAUGCCCGCCUACAUACGGAGCAAGGUGGUGGUGAAUGCCAGGGCCAUUGUGGAGAUGGGCAACCACCAGGUGUACCGCUCCGCACCCGGAUACGCCGACCAUGUGGUGCACCCCACGGUGGGACUACUGUUCCACUACCGGGACAAGUGCAUCAACUGCAAGAUGGUGCUGAUCGUCGACUAUACGGCCCGGAGAUUUGGCUCGCUGCUCUUCGAUCGAGUGGACAACACGUGCCUGGAGGUUUUUCGCGGCAUCUGCGAUCUGGUGUAGCCCUGCCUUCGAGAGACGCCCCCUAAAAAGUACCACAGAUCUCUCGGGUCAGUUGUGUUCGUGGCCUCAGACCGUCGACAUGCUGAAGUUCUGCUCGCUGCGGAGGAGCAAGGAGCCAGCGGUGGUGGCUCCCAAAGUGGCCAAGAGUGUACGACAAAUUAGAAUAAGUCCUUGCCGUUCCCAUAUAAGUGUUAUACCGUAAUAAA